AUGCUUGCAACAACACGUCCAGCUGCAAAACACGUUGCAACAAACACAUCUGCUGCAACAACACGUCUGCCAGCAACAAACUCGCCCUGCUCCAAAUACAACACGCUUGCAGCCCCAUCACGUCUGCCUGCAACAACACGCCUGCUGCCAACACACGCCUGCGUCCAACAACAGCCUGCUUGCAACAACCCGAUCUGCAGCAACAACACGUCUGCUGCAAACAACACGUUGCUGCAACAACACGUCUGCUGCAAAAACACGUCUGCAGCAACAACACUCCUGCUGCAAUCAGUCACGCCAGCCAGCAACAAACAGUCUGACUGCGGACAACACGUCUGCUGCGACAACACGAUUUGCUGCGACAACACGCCUGCUGCACAACUCGCCUGCUGCAACACACGCUGCACCAACAAACACGCUGCUUGCAACAAUACGUCUGCAAAACAACAACACGCUGCUGCGACAACACGUCUGCAGGCCACACACGACUGCUGCAAACAACACUGUCUGCUGCGCAACCCGUCUUGCUGCGGAAAACCACGGUCCGCUGCAACAACUCGUUCCGCUGCAACAACCCGCCUGCUGCGCCUACACGUCUGCAGCGACAAUACGUCUGCUGCAACAACACGUCUGCAGCAAAACUGUUUUGCAGCAACAAACACGUCUGCUGCAAACACACGAUCUGUAACAAACACUGGUCUGCUGCAACUAAACGUCUCGCUCGCAACACGUGCUGUAUCAAACCGUUGCAGCAACAACACGUUGCAGCAAAACACGUUCUGCAGCAACACACCACGUCUGCAGUAA